AACACAAAAGCAUUAUUUGUUGUGCAACGACCACGUGCAGUGAACCGCGAUUUAUCCGUUCAAAACAUAGCGAAUGGUCUGGGUUUGUCGGCGAUUUCUUGCCUAGGUUCGCCGUAAUUGCUUGAAAUAGAAAUGUAGCUGUCUCACGCAAUACAAAUUACAGUGGUAAAAUGAGCCAUGAUUGCUUGUUCGACAGCAGACUUCAAAACGGACAGGGCAAAGUCGUAAAGACAUUGCUAACGGAGGAUGGAUGUCAUUAUCCGAUAAUUGCACAUAAUGCGUAUACUGAUCGACGAAAGUUACAGUCGGCACCGCCCAGUAAUGUUACGCACUUGCGGGGUUCGCGACCCAUGCACAGGACAACCCUGGUCUUAGCAAAGCCUCCCUGGGUACCUGAUUAUGACACAACCACUAAACAGUAUUAUGGAGGCAGCAAAACCCUCCAGCCCGUGGAACGCCCCCCUAUGUGUCCGUCCCUGCACUUGACUCAGUUUCACAUUGGAAACCCACGAGAACCUCGAGACUGGCAAACGAACUAUUGCAAAAACUAUCCACAGAAAGAAAUUAUUCCAGCAAAUCGUCUCCACCUGACGUCUUUGAUUCACCGGAUUGACCAGACGGAAGGGGCAUCCAUGAAGCAGGUAGUGAAGCCGACUCCAGGACCUCAAAACUACUGGACCCAGUACAAGAGAAUACACAGCAAGCUGGGAUACCUGCUGGGGCCAGGAGUUCCGAGGGAGUACCCCAUCCGACAGCAAUAUAAUUUCAUUACAGGUGAGAUGGGUGCACCUGCUUGGUCACCAGACAACAAACGAGUAUCGGGAAACAGGGUGUUGUAUUCAGCUCGAUCAGCAGAGGAGUCAUGUCCAAUCAUUAGAUGAUGACAAAACCCUAUCUUAAAAUACAUUUUGUAGACAAUUAAAAAAUUCAGCUUUAUGAAGGCUUGGAAAUUUUAACCAAACUUAAUAUAGUAUUCUAAACUAGAAAGUUUUGGGACAUUAAAUUUUCAUUUUCAUUGACCCAAGUAUUAACUAUAUGUAUUAAAAAAAUUUAAUAAUAAUUAUUAUUAUUAUUACUAUAAUAAUAAUUAUAAUUAUAUUAGUUUAAUAACAACAUGCAAUCAAAGAUUAUGCGAGUUAAAAAUGUGUACAUCACAGAAAUUAGCCCCAAAAUAAUUUCAUUAAUAAUUUUUUUUAAGUUUUGAGCAAUUGCGUAGGACAGAUGUCUCUUUCAGGUGUGUUUAAUUUGGAAUCUGUUUCAAACUGUCUGAUUUUAUAAUUAUUUUUAUAUUUUUAUUUUAUUAUUAUUUUUAACUUGAGGAUUGUACAUGUAUUAUUUAUUGUUGCAUAGUUGUUUUGCUAUUGUUAAAAACAUUAUUGUCAUUUUACAUACUUAAAAUAGGUCAAGAGUCGAAAAUACUGGAUUUUGGAACUAUUCAAGAAUUGUUUCAGUUGAAAAUACUGGAUUUUGGAAGUAAUCAAGAACUUUUCCAGUCUUUGUUCUUUUAGGAAAAGGUCUCAAUAACCACUUAUUUUCCUGUCCUGUAACAUUUUCCUGGGUUUUUUUUUUUUUUUUUUUUUUU